ACAUAUAAAAAAAGGAAAAAACCCACAGUGAGAGAGAGAUAAGCUUAAGUUAGCUACGUCUACGUUAAUAUUUCUCAUCUCAAGAAAGAAAUCAUGGAAAGAAACCGCGGGGAAAGUAGUAGUAGGAGGGCAAGAUUCGAAGAAGAAGAAUCAGAAGAAAGAAACAAUAACAGUAAUGAGUUUGAUGAUCAGAGGGAGAACAACGUACUCUCUUCGGUGGAGGAGGCUUUCACGAACACAGAGGUUCCCUCAUGGAACAACCAGAUCACGUACAGAGCUAUGGUCACAGCCUUCGUACUCAGCGUCCUCUUUAACUUUGUCGUCUGUAAACUCAACCUCACCACCGGAGUCAUUCCCUCUCUCAACAUCACCGCCGGAUUGUUGGGUUUCGUCGUCGUUAAGGCCUACACCACUCUCCUUCAAAAAUUCCGUCUCUUGAAACAACCCUUCACUCGCCAAGAAAAUACUGUUAUCCAAACUUGCGUUGUUGCCUCCUCUGGAAUCGCUUUUAGUAGUGGCACUGCUAGCUAUCUACUGGCUAUGAGUAAGAGCAUAGCUGCCCAAGGAGAUGAAGGUAACAGUACUCCAAAUAAUGUCAAGAAUCUCUCACUUGGGUGGAUGAUUGGAUUUCUUUUUGUUGUCAGCUUUAUUGGUUUGUUCUCUAUCGUGCCCCUCAGAAAGGUGAUGAUUAUGAAGUACAAGUUAACGUACCCAAGUGGAACUGCAACGGCGUAUCUCAUCAACAGCUUUCACACCCCCAAAGGAGCUAAGCUUGCAAAGAAGCAAGUUUGGGUUCUUUUUAAGCUGUUCGGUUGUAGCUUUGCAUCUGCAUUUUUCCAGUGGUUUUUUUCAGCUGGUGAUGGCUGUGGAUUUUCCAAUUUUCCAACAUUCGGCCUCCAAGCCUAUGCUCAAAGGUUCUACUUUGAUUUUUCAUUGACUUAUGUUGGUGUUGGAUUAAUCUGCCCAUACAUGGUAAAUGCAUCUUUGCUUAUUGGAGCUAUAAUUUCAUGGGGAAUCAUGUGGCCUCUAAUUGAGCUAAACAAAGGCAUUUGGUAUCGUUCUGAUUUAUCUCCUACAAGUCUCCACGGCAUCCAAGGAUACAGGGUUUUCAUUGCCAUAGCUAUGAUGCUUGGAGAUGGUAUAUUUCACAUCUGUUACAUGUUAUACAAAACAAUAAACAGUCUAACCAAACAAUACCAACACUCAAAAAAGAAAGAAGAUGAAGAUCAUCAUCAUCAUCAACAAGUAGAUGGAGAAAUAACUAACCUGUCACCGGAAAAUUACGAUGAACAGAGGCGAAAUGAGUACUUCUUAAGAGACGAAAUCCCCACAUGGCAAGCAUUCCUAGGUUACGACAUCUUAGCCUUCAUCUCAAUCCUCGCCGUCCCCCUCAUCUUUCCCCAGCUUAAAUGGUAUCAUGUCCUCAUGGCCUACAUCAUCGCACCACUCCUCGCUUUCUGCAACGCCUACGCCUGUGGCCUUACAGAUUGGUCACUCGCUUCAAACUACGGCAAAUUAGCCAUUAUUGUAUUCAGCGCCUGGAUCGGCCUUGAAAACGGCGGCGUAGUGGCUGGCUUAGCUUCAUGUGGUGUGAUGAUGAGUAUUGUCUCUACAGCUUCAGAUCUGAUGCAGGAUUUCAAAACAGGGUACCUAACCCUAGCUUCACCUCGCUCGAUGUUUUUCAGUCAAGCUUUGGGAACAGCCAUGGGUUGCAUAAUCUCGCCCCUAAUUUUCUGGUUCUUCUACAAGGCUUACGACAUUGGCCAACCAGGGAGUUCGUACCCAGCCCCGUACGGAGUAAUGUACCGAGGAAUUGCUCUGAUCGGAGUCGAAGGAAUUUCGUCUUUCCCCAAACACUGUCUUGAGCUCUGUAUCGGUUUCUUCUUCUUGGCUAUUGCGAUUAAUGCAAUUAGGGAGUUGUUGCAGAGGUUUGAGACUAAGUAUGGGGCAUAUAGAGUAGUACCUAGUCCCAUGUGUAUGGCGAUUCCGUUCUUCCUUGGUGGGUAUUUUGCCAUUGAUAUGUGUUUGGGAAGCUUGAUUGUUUUUGUUUGGAGAAGGUUGAACAAGAGGAAGGCUGAGAAUUUUGCUCCGUCGGUUGCGGCGGGAUUGAUCUGCGGUGAGUCAUUGUGGGGUUUGCCGGCGGCUAUUUUGGCUUUGGCUGGGAUUAAACCACCCAUUUGUAUGAAGUUUUUAUCAGCUUCGGUUAAUUCUAAGGUUGAUGCCUUCUUAGGUUAGGUUAGUUGGGUUUAAGAAGGGUUUAUCAUUUAACUAAAAUACCUAUUGUUUUGUUGAGCAACAUAUUUUGGAUAAUUCUUUUUUUCUAAUAAAUGAAGAAAGGUUGACUUGUGUUUUCUUUAUUUCAAAA